AUGGAUAACCAUUCGUACAACGUCCUUUCUGACUGCACCCCACUCACCAACUGCAAGUUGGCCCGCAAGCCGGCUGGAGCCACUGUGGUGAACAUGGGCAACACAGAAAAGAAUCCUCCUCGAGACUAUCUGCUCUGGUCACUGUGCAACACCUUUUACGUUAACUUCUGCUGCCUAGGUUUUAUGGCACUCCUUUACUCAAUCAAGGCCAGGGAUCAGAAGACUCUUGGCAACUUGCAGCUCGCCCAGGAGUGCUCAGACAAAGCCAAAUGGUACAACAUCCUAGCAGCUGGCUGGAACCUGCUGAUUCCUCUCCUCGUCAUCGCCCUGCUCGUCCUCCUACUCGUCCACCUCGGCUCCUCCCAGGGCUCCUUCGACUUCUUAGGAGAAGAUGGGCUUCGAAACUUCAUGAAUCUGUUCAGCUGGUAG